AUGUGGCUGUUGCUGCUCCUGCGGAGCUGCCUCGCGGCCAGCGCGCCGCCCGGCGGGGACGUGGUCCCCGCCGCGGCCGCUAGUGCGGGCGGGCCCGCGGCGCGGCAGCGGAUCGCCUACGUGACCAACACUUGGUGGCCCAAGGUGGACGGUGCAGCCAUCACGGUGAUGGGCCACGCGAGGUACUUUUCCGAGCACGGGCACGAUGUGCUCGUGGUGCGGCCCUCGUAUCCGGACGACUCGCCCGUCUGGGAGCGCGCCGUCGAGGCGGGCAUGGCCUCCGACCCGGUGCCUCCGUCGCCGACGCUGCAGUUCCUGUCGUACCGCAUGGUGGGCAACCGCGGAGGCGGGUUCGAGCCGGAGAUGGACGCGUCGGACCUCUCGCGUGUGGAGAAGGGCCUUACGGCCUGGGAGCCUAACAUCGUCCUCGUGGUGGACCCGGACUACUUUGUGCUCGACACGUUCCGCGUGCCCGGGCUCAACACGCUGAUGCAGCUGCCGUCGCCUCCGACGAUGAUUGCGUGCAUGACCACCUUCUGCAUCGAGGCGAUCCGCAAGAUGCCCGAGUACUGGCUGGCACCCCCUCCCCUCGCCGCCUGCCCCCAGGGCCUCGCCACGUCCUACGGCCAGUUCGACCACAUCUUCGUCAACGGCGACCAGUCCGCCGCCUACCUCCGCCCGAUGACCGUGCUGCGGGGCUCCAGCUGGGAGCCCCUCCCUCCGGCUCGCGUCGUCAAGUCGCGGGGCGUGCCGGCGGACUUUUGCACCGCGCUGCCCGAGGCGGACUGCGCGGCGGAGCGCGCCGUCAGCCUGAUGCGCGAGCGGCCGCGCGGGCACGUCGCCUUCCUCUAUGUUGGCCGCCUCUCCUUCGACAAGUCUGUGGACGAGCUGGUGGCGGCCUUCGAGGCGGCGCGGCGGAGCGGGCGCGCCAAACGCGCGACGCUCUACCUCGCCGGCUCGGGCGAGCUCGAGCCGCUCGUGCACGCGGCGGCGGACCGGCUGGGGCCUGCGUCGGUGUCGCACCGCCGCAUAUCGUGCGUGCUGCGCGAGGCAGACGCCUACGUCUCGGCCGCGCACAACGAGACGUACGGCCGAUCCCUCGUCGAGGCGCUGCGCUGCGGCUUGCCCGUCGUCACCAUGGCAUCGUGCAACAUGCAUGUCGACCACGGCAAGAGCGGGCUGCUCGGCGAGGGCACGGCCGAGCUCACAGAGCACAUCUCUAUGGUGCUGGACGCGCAGGAGGCGACGUUGCGAGGGCCGCGGAUACGCCGAGCGUGGCAUCCCUUCUGGUGCCUCUCCCUCGUCCUCGACCACCCGGGCUGGACCUCCCUUGCCAUCACCCUCGCCAGCGCUGCCUUUAUGUACGCCGCUUGGCUCUGCCUCAGCAGCGGCGCGGCGCCCGCUGCACUCCCGCCGCCGCCAUCGCCGCAACCUACCAACAAAACCGACUGA